AUUAGAGAACGGGAUCUGCAAGAAAGCCUUAGACAAAAUUUCUAUUGAGAUGUCCCUUAGUGAUGCUAUAAAAAUAUCACCUUCGAUUAAGAAGUAUAUAAAGGACAUGACAUCUCCAAACUACCCAAUUGCAGAACAUAGCGUGAUGAUGAUUUCAGAAGAAGUAAGUGCUAUGAUUAAAGGAGAAACUCCAACAAAGAGAUCAGAUCCUGGUAGUUUCGUCCUAGAUUGUAAAAUAGAAAAAAUGUGUUUUCCUAGAUCAUUAUGUGACCUCGGCUCUAGUGUGAACCUUAUGCCUUACUCCGUUGCAGUAACAUUAGGAUAUAGAGAGUUCAUGCCAACUCCGAUCAUCCUGGUUUUAGCUGAUAGAUCUAUUAGGGUACCCGAAGGAAUUCUCGAAGAUGUUCCCAUAAAGAUUAACGAUUGCAUCGUGCCUACGGAUUUUGUUGUGUUGAAAUACAGACAAGAACCCAAAGACCCCCUCAUUAUGGGUCGGCCAUUCCUAGCUACAGCUGGAGCAAUCAUUGACGUCAAAGAAGGACGAAUUAAUUUGAACAUAGGGGAUAUCUCGAUGACUUUUGAUAUGGAAAAACUGAUUAAGCGACCCCUAAUAGAUGACCAGGCCUUCUACGUGGAAAAUGUUUCUGAGGAUGAAAGAGACUCUUUCAUAAAUAUGUGUUCAGACAACCCCUUAGAAGACACCCUUAACCACGUGGAAAAUGAAAUUUUCAGCAUAUCAGAUAGGACAGACGAUUACAUGCGACUAAUGGACGCUUGCAUCAAAGUUGCAAACGAAGAAAAUGACGACUCAGAAGUUGUCAUCGAUCGAUACCUACAAGAUACCGAUCGACAACCUCCCUUGCAAUCAAAUUGGUCUAAAGAUAAAGCACCAAAGGUAGAAUUAAAACCUCUACCCAGCGGUGUUAAGUACGCUUACCUUUAUGACCAGUCCUACCCUGUUAUCGUCAACGCCAAUCUCACUAGCGGAGAACUUGCUUUAUUGCUGAAUAAAUUACGCAAGUACAGGAAAGCGAUCGGGUAUUCUCUCGAUGACAUUCCUGGAAUCUCGCCCGAUCUUUGCAUGCAUCAGAUCAACUUGGAAGAUGACGCUAAAACGUCAAUAGAGCAGCAAAGAAGAUUGAAUCCGAAUCUAAAGGAAGUAAUUAAAAAGGAAAUUAUAAAACUCCUUGAUGCUGGAGUUAUUUACCCUAUUUCGGAUAGCAAAUGGGUAAGCCCCGUACAUGUUGUACCCAAAAAGGGAGGUAUCACUGUAGUGAAGAAUGAAAAGGACGAACUCAUUCCGACUCGUACCGUUACUGGUCAUCUGAUGUGUAUUGAUUAUAGGAAAUUGAAUGGCGCUACUAGGAAAGACCAUUUUCCCCUUCCCUUUAUUGAUCAGAUGCUGGAGAGAUUAGCUAAUCACCAGUAUUACUGUUUUCUUGAUGGAUAUUCCGGAUUUUUCCAAAUUCCUAUACACCCGGAUGAUCAAGAAAAGACAACGUUUACAUGCCCCUAUGGAACUUUCGCAUAUCGCAGGAUGCCAUUUGGUCUAUGUAACGCCCCCGCCACUUUCCAAUGUUGUAUGAUGUCAAUCUUUAUGGAUAUGAUCGAGGACUUCAUGGAAGUAUUCAUGGAUGACUUUUCAGUCUAUGUCUCAGAUUUUAAGAGUUGCCUCGACAAUUUAUGCAAAGUAUUGGAAAGAUGCGAAGAAAAGAACCUUGUCCUAAACUAGGAAAAAUGCCAUUUCAUGGUUAACGAUGGAAUAGUAUCAGAACAUAGGGUUUCCGCCGCUAGAAUAGAGGUCGAUAGAGCUAAGAUUGAAGUAAUGACCAGUUUACCUCCACCCAAAACUGUUAAAGACGUGCGAAGUUUUCUCGGACACGCCGGAUUUUACAGGAGAUUUAUACUGGACUUCAGCAAAACCGCUAGACCUUUAAAUAACCUAUUAUGCAAGGAUAUUAAAUUCAAUUUUACCCCUAAAUGCAUGAAAGCUUUUGAAGAAUUAAAGAAAUCCCUUAUCACUACCCCAAUUGUACAAGCCCCCGACUGGAUUCUUCCUUUCGAAAUCAUGUGUGAUGCGAGCGAUUUCGCAAUUGGAGCAGUUUUAGGCCAAAGGAAAGACAAAAAGCUACAUGCCAUUUACUACGCAAGCCGCACGCUUGAUGAAGCGCAACGGAAUUACGCAACAAUAGAAAAGGAACUAUUAGCUGUAGUUUAUGCUUUUGACAAAUUCCGUCAAUACUUGAUUGGCUCACGAGUGAUAGUUUACACUGAUCACGCUGCCAUCAAAUAUUUAAUGCAAAAGAAAGAUGCUAAACCUCGACUCAUACGCUGGAUUCUACUACUCCAAGAGUUUGACAUUGAGAUUAAGGAUAAGAGAGGAGUAGAAAAUGGAGUCGAUGACCAUCUUUCCCGGAUAAGAAUAGAGGAUGAUGUCCCUAUAGACGAUUUUUUCCCCACAGAGAAUGUUGCACACAUAGAUACAUCUUUCGUCGGUAAAACAUCUCUCACAUCUGAAGAUCUAUCGAUCGAUGAGAGAGAUGGCAUAUCGGUCGAUUCACAUAGUGAUACAUCGAUCGAUGACGAGACUGAUGUAAAUUCUAAACUCUCCAAUAACCAAGAUCAUGAACCCCCGUCUAUUAAAAUAAACUUCAAUUUACAAGUUAAUGUUUCCGGUGAUGAGAUUAAUCUAGCACCUGAGGAAUUAUCACAACGGGAGGUAGACGCGAUUGGUAGAAACUCGAAUAACCGACCCUGGUAUGCCGACAUAGUUAACUAUUUGGCAGCUGAGGUUGAGCCAGACGAACUCAAGGGAUAUAUGAGGAAGAAAUUUUUCAGAGAAGUAAGACGCUAUCAUUGGGAUGAACCUUACCUCCAUAAGCAUUGUUCUGAUGGCAUAUACAGACGAUGCGUAUCCAAAGCUGAAAUUCCGGACAUUAUUUACCAAUGUCACAGAGCUGAUUAUGCAGGACAUUUCGCUACCUUUAAAACGGUUACGAAAAUUCUCCAAACAGGAUUUUGGUGGCUGACCACUUUUCGCGAUGUCCACGCAUUUAUAACCCAAUGUGACAGAUGCCAAAGACGUGGAAAAAUUAGCAAAUGACACGAAAUGAAACAAAAGUUCAUUCUUGAAGUUGAAGUCUUUGAUUGCUGGGGUAUCGAUUUUAUGGGACCCUUCCCGUCUUCAUAUGGAAACAAAUAUAUACUAGUCGCUGUAGACUACGUAUCCAAAUGGGUCGAAGCAGUAGCUUCUCCUACCAAUGACGCAUCUGUGGUUAUUAAACUCUUCAAGAGUAUAAUCUUUCCAAGAUUUGGAGUUCCAAGAGUAGUCAUUAGUGACGGUGGAACUCAUUUCAUUAACAAAAUCUUUGAUAGAUUGCUUAAAAAGAAUGGUGUUCAUAAUAGAGUAGCUACACUUUACCACCCACAAACCAGUGGACAAGUAGAAGUCUCUAACCGGAAAAUUAAGGAAAUCUUAGAGAAAACCGUAGGAACCUCAAAAAAAGAUUGGUCUAGGAAACUAGAUAAUGCACUUUGGGCCUACAGGACCGCCUACAAAACUCCGUUAGGAACAACACCAUUCCACCUCUUUUAUGGCAAAUCAUGUCAUUUACCAGUCGAACUGGAACACAAAGCAGCUUGGCUACCAAACUUUUGAACUUUGAUAUCAAACCAGCUGCAGAAAGGAGACUCAUCCAGCUUAACGAGCUUGAUGAAAUCAGACAUUUACCUUUCGAAAAUUCGAAAAUUUAUAAAGAAAGGACUAAAGCUUAUCACGAUAAAAAGAUCAUAUCCCGGCACUUUGAACCGGAUGAUCAAGUCCUCCUUUAUAACUCUAGAUUAACUUUAUUUCCUGGAAAGCUAAAAUCCCGUUGGUCUGGACCCUUCACCGUAACAAACGUUCAACCCUCCGGGGCUAUCACCUUACAAAAUGAUAAGGGCCAUGAAUUUACAGUAAACGGCCAACGAGUUAAGCAUUAUUGGGCAAAACCACCAGCAAAAGCGCCCAUAGUGCUGUAUGAACCUGAUAAUUAGUUUAAUCAGGAAGUUGAGGUAAAGACUUAAAAAUUAAGCGCUGAAUGGGAGGCAACCCAUUUUAUUUCAAAAAUAAAAAUAAUAAUAAAUUAAAUUAAUUAAUUAAUUAUAUUUAAUAGUAAUUAAUAGUAAUUUUCGUAUUUCUUUUUAUUAGCAUUAUUUAGGAGAUUUAGAAAUUAGGAUUUGUCUUUAAGAAGAGGACAUCGAUCGACAAGGCAUCACUGCCAUCGAUCGAUGCGGGUAUAUCGAUGGUUAAAACACUUAUUUCACUCGAUAUCGGCCCAUCCUCUUCCUCAUUCACAACCGGAACCGAAAACAAAAACAACCCUUUUCUCUCUCGAUUCUUGACGGAUUUCGUCCGUUUUUCACUUAAAUCCACUCGAUUUUUCACUCUGAAACUGUUAAAUCCACUCCCGAAAUCAGCAUUCAAGGUAUGCACUCGAAAUUUUCAAUUUUUCGAAAAAUUAGGGUUUUCAUUUUGAGUUGGACUAGAACGCUUGAUUUAGUGUGAAUGAGAGAUGUUUUUGUAGUUCAUAUUGCUUAUCUAGAGUUCGGUUUGUGAUUUUUAUGCCUUUUGAUUCGUAUAAACGCGAUUUGGAGUUGAGUGAUGUUGCAGGUUUCGCGAUACGACAUCGGUCAAUAUGAACUCGUCGACCGAUGCUCUCUUGUCCGAUUGUUCCGACACGACAAUAUCGAUCGAUGUUCUGUAUAACCCAUCGAUCGAUACUACCUUUUAUCGACAAUGCUAACUUUCUUUUCUUCUUGGUUUCAGAUGAGCAGUUCAGAAACAAACACACGAAACAGAGAACUCAGGUCGAAAAGGAGGUUCGACCAGACUAGCAGCUCCACCAACCCACAGUGUCCUCCAUGGCCUCGCGCCAAAAACACACCCUUCGAUGUCCCGGGCUAUGAUGAUCCUAAGGCAGCGAUCAACAGCAAUGAGUGCCGUCAGCGUCCCUGUCCGACAACUGGGACGACUACGACAGCCUCUUCUACAAUGCUUGGCUGGGAGUCUCUAUCGAGCCCACCAAAUUCCUCGACCGACGCAUCCUAAAGAAGCUCGGGAUCGAGGGAGAUAUUCAGGACAUGAUCACACAGCUCGGACUCGGUACCAUGCCCUCUCGCGCUUACGACCUCUACCCCGAUCUCGUCCGCUAGUUCAUGGCCACUGUCGAGGUCACCCACAGGACUUCAUCAGCGACGGUAGCGGGAGAUGGUACUUUGACCUUCUUCGCCAGAGGGACACGCUACAGGAUCACUAUCACCGAGCUAUGCCGCAUCUACGGUUUCGAUGAGAGCAUCGCCUCCUACACGGUCCCACCUUUCCCACACCUCGAGGGAUUCUUGGACAUCGUCGGCACAGGAGUUUGGGACACGACCAUGGCCGUGCUAUCAGACUUCCGACAUCCUGCACUUCGCUACUUCCCACGGCUCCUUGCAAACACACUGGUUUGCAAGAUGGAGACCAACAAGGUCAGGAUAAAGGAGCUCACAUUACUUUUCUGCGCAGUGAAUGGCGUAGUGGAUUUGGUUGAGUCGGACGAGGAUGGCGAAGUAAGCCCGCCGAACCUCGGAGCUGUCUUUGCCGCGCACCUGGUGGGGUUGAAGAAGAAGCCCUUCACCAGCAAGGGUAAGAAGAAGAAGGAUACAGUUGGGAGUCUUCUGACCCCAAUUUUCCUGUACCUCGACCCUCGCUCUGCCGACCGCAACCACGCCUUCCUCGACGAGCAGCACUUGGUGCACUCGCUAUGGCUCGAGGAAGGGAAACUCUGGCGUUUCAGGAUCCGCGAUGAGCAUCGUCUUCUACCCCUAACGGAUAGGAUGAUCACUGAUUUCGGGAACAGCGUGGAGUAGCUUCGAUUCAUGCCAGACGAGGCAUUCCUCCGUAACCCCCGGAACAUGUCACGCCGACCUCCCAGCAUUCGCCGUACCAGAGCUCAGGACGCACAGGCACCGCCUCUUCCCGACUUCCCGAACAUACCGGACAUCCCUAUGCACGACCAGGGAGACUUUCAGAGGUUUGUGGUGGACGCUCUUCAGGCCAUCUGGGCUAGAGUGUCUUGUCGGAGCAGGAGAGCUACAGGAGCGCAGGCACCAGCACCAGCACCAGCACGCAGGACACCGACUAGUCCUCAUAUCUCUAUCUCUUAUCUUCCUAUUAUGAACUUGUUUAUUUAUUUUCUGAACUUGUAGGAUUUAUGUUUUUAAACUUAUAUUUUAUGCCUGAGGAUGCUUAUUAUU